GAUUUAGAUCCCUUCACGUUGGUGUUGUGAGAAAUGAGCAGGGUGCCUAAAGUUUUUGGCAAGACCUAUGCGACUCCGCGGAGACCGUUUGAAAAGGAGCGUUUGGACCAAGAGUUAAAGCUCAUUGGUGAAUAUGGUCUGCGCAACAAACGCGAAUCAGCCCGCGAGUUGCUGACACUGGAUGAUAAAGACCCCAGACGGCUUUUGGAGGUACCAGUUUUACUUUGUCCUUCAUUUUAAGGGUCCGCUCUGCUGAGACGCUUAGUUCGAGUUGGUGUACUUCCCGAAGAUAAGAUGAAACUGGAUUUCGUUUUGGGCUUGAAGAUAGAAGACUUUUUAGAACGAAGACUUCAAACUCAAGUUUUUAAACUUGGUUUGGCCAGAAGCAUCCAUCAUGCCAGAGUCCUCAUCCGCCAACGGCACAUAAGAGUAAGAAAACAGAUGGUUAACUGUCCUGGGUUUCUGGUACGUUUGGACUCAGGAAAACACAUAGAAUACAGUACAACAUCUCCAUAUGGUUGUGGUCGCCCUGGUCGUGUCAAAAGGAAAAAGGAGCGUAAAGCCCAAGGUGGUGACGACGAGAACGGAAGUGAUGAAGAGUGAUUAUUAGCUUCAACGGAAUAAAUAUCGAAAUUGCA